UGAUAGCUGGUAUAGACAUUGUGUAAAAAUUUCCCCUUUUUAACGAAGCUGGACCACAAAUCCACAAUCUUCCAGAGGCGCAUAAUAUAUGUUAACUUAUAUAGUUGCUAUGUACAAGCUUAUUGUUAGUAAUAUACGCGCAUAUAUACACUUUCUUCCUUGGUCUGAUUGUGAGUGAUCUACAGUAGAUUGUCAUAAGUUUAGCUAUCGCAUAUUGGGCACAUUCUGUUUUUCUCACACCGCACCGAUUGCAUUACCAGUAUACUUCGAAGUCGAGCAGCCAUUGUCGGUGCUUCCUAUUACGGCUGCCAAGUUUUGUUCCGUUCUUCCGGCAGUUAUAACUGCCGUAUGACCGGUUCUUCAUUCAUCCGUUUAUUAUAGAAUCUAUUAAUAAAACAUAAUCGACAGUAGCGACCGGCACCGAGUGUCUAAUUUAUUAUGCAACUCAUACUGUCUCAUAGUAUUGGGAAUGUUUUAUGUCCCUGCAGUUCACUGUUAAGGUGUGAGCUAAUCUGUUAAGUGUACAGUAUCUUUGCUUACAGUGUUUAGAAUUUUCUUUCGAUUGUUAAGUCAUCUUCAUAUUGGAGCAUUGGAGCACAUUGUCGUAUCGCUCUCAUGGAUUCUCGAUUUAAACUUUAUUAUUUUGAUGCACGUGCCAGAGGGGAAUUGAUUCGACUUAUAUUUCAUGCUGCCGGCGAAGAUUUCGAGGAUAUCAAAGUUUAUCAAGGAAUGUGGGAAAAACUGAAACCCGCAAUGCCAUUUCAUACGCUUCCGGUAUUGGAAAUUGGUGAACAGCAGCUAUCGCAGAGUCUCAGCAUUGCACGGUAUUUGGCUAACAUAUUUGACAUGGCCGGAAGGAAUAAUCUGGAGAAAGCGCUUGUCGACUCCGCAGCAGAACUAAUUGACGAGUUAUUAUCGGAUGCACUGAAAAUAAUCUAUGAACGAGAACAUAAAUAUAAAGCUCGUGCGACCAAAAAAUUUGGUGCUAUCACAUUACCGGCAAAAAUGCACAGACUCGAAGAAUUCCAUUCCAAAUACGGAAAGGGUUAUGGGUAUAUCGUUGGGAAUGAUCUCACCUACGCCGAUCUGGCUGCAUAUUCGACGUUUGAUCAGAUCGUAGCAGCCGCUAUUGUUCCUUGGGAAUAUUUCGAACAGUUUCCUUACCCAUCGCAGUUAAAGAAACGAAUCCUGGAUGGUGAACCCCGACUGUCUCAAUAUUUCCGAUACACGAAUUCGUAAUAGAGAGUACAAGUACACUUCAUUAAGUACAAAUUGUACUCUUCAGAGCACCUGGAAUUGGCUGGAAAUAUUUUAGCAUGAUGCAUGGCAAAUUAUGCAACACCCAGUUUUCUAUUCAGAACCCUGAAUUGGUAAAAGGUUGAUUUGGGAGAUGGCAUUUGUCAGAAUCUGUUGAUUUGACCCGCUAAUCCGGUUUUUAUUUUGAUUGAU